AACUUAGUCCUUAAGGAGGUGAGAGAGAGAGAGAGAUGUGAGUACUUCUGAGUUCUGACUGAGGAAGCAACGAAUAUUGAUAUUUCAACUGAAAAACUUUUGGUAAUACAAUAACCAUUGAUCUGAUUGGCUGACACAGGCAAUCUUUCAUCUGGGUUAUCAUGGAAUCGACCAGUUUUGUCCGUUAACUGGAGACGAUGUCACAAGCUGACGUCUCUUACAGCUGUGGGUCUUGUGGAUACCCUCUGAAUUUGAUAUCUUCUAAUCGAAUCACUUCUGGCAUAGACUCUGAAUACCGCAAAUCCAUAAAGAAAGGUUUAAUCUCCUUCAUUUCGGUUGAUCUCAGUCGAUUCACACAGGUUGAUGAGGUAAAUUGUUUUCCUCUGACUUGGGGUCGUUAUCGUUCAAAAACAAAACUCUUGUGCCGUAAAUGUGGAGUUCAUGUUGGCUAUGCAUACAGUGACUCUCCUGCCCUUUGUGGUUUUGACUCUCCCAAUUCAUCAAGCUCAGUUUAUAAAAAAUUUGCUGUAAAGAUUCGAGCUCUGCAGCCUUCUGAAGAGUGUUAA